AGCUGUUUGAGAAGAUAAUUCACAAUGGCCGCGAGCUGUUGUGGAGUGAAGAAACAGAAAUUAAAUAAUUCUAUGCCGUCUGUUUCCUGCCAUGGAACCUCAAGUUACAUGAAUGGGCUGAAAAAUGGAUACACUGUUGCUUGUGCUCAAAUGUGUUUCUACUGUUUUGACAUACUACACAGCCAUUUACACAGUUAUGAACCACCUAGAACCCCGUCUUUCACUAACGAAUCCUACCCAUUAUUUGUGACUUGGAAAUUAGGUAAAGACAAAAGAUUACGAGGUUGUAUAGGAACAUUUUCAGCAACAAACUUGCAAUGUGGUCUCAGGGAAUAUGCUGUCACAAGUGCAAUGCGUGACAGUCGCUUCAGUCCAAUCACGAAGGAAGAGUUUCCUCGCCUCCAUUGUUCAGUCUCCAUCCUAACUCAUUUUGAGGAAGCCAGGGAUUACUUAGAUUGGGAGGUUGGAACAAAUGGAGUUCGCAUAGAGUUCAUAAAUGAGAAAGGUCACAAGAAAACUGCCACAUAUCUGCCAGAAGUUGCAGUAGAACAAGGAUGGGAUCGCAUACAAACCAUUGACUCUUUACUCAGGAAAGGGGGCUAUAAAGGACCCUUAAGCAAUGAGAUCAGACGUAGUAUACGACUGACUCGUUAUCGUAGUGAAAAAAUUACUUGUAGCUAUAGUGAUUAUAUAUGUCACAAGCAGAACUCGCACGCAUGACGAUAGAUGCGUACAGUCCCUGACCAAGGCAGUCUCUCAUGCAAGAUCACAUGAUGUGCACAUGGAAUAUCACAUGAUCACCUGUUACUAUAAAUAGAAGAUAACAUCAUGCUUCAUGAAUAAAUAUCACAUUAUGAGUGGGAUAGUAGUGGUUUAAUAGAGAAUAUAUUUCUGAAUGUUUAGUUUGGGGUUUACUUGAGGAUUGAAUUUUAUUGAAUUUAACUUUGUUUUUAUAAUUUUUAUGCCCCCGUCGUCGAAGACCUGGGAGGCAUAUGGUGUUUCAACUGUCUGUCCAUUAGUUGGACAGUCUGUCUGUCACACUUUCUUGUUUACGCAACCCAUCCUACAGUUUUUAUCCGAUUCAAAUGAAACUUGAUAACGUCAUCAGCUGCACAUUUUAUUGGGACUACAUGUUUGAAUUUUGCUCCUUUUUGGACUAAGCCUUAUUAGUAACUACACCUAAACCUUGUGUACUCAACUCCUCCAACAGUUUCCAUCAAAUUCAAAUGAAAUUUGGUAUAUGUCAUCAGCAUGAAGUGGACAUGUGAAUGCUUUCAGGAAUUUUAUGUCCCUUUACUGGUUUUGGGGGAGUUUUGGGACCAGUUUCGGACUAAGCCAUAUUGAAACUACCUCUGUACCUUUAGUACUCAACUCCUACAGUUAUCAUUGAAUUCAAAUAAGAUAUGGUAUAUAUUGUAAACAUGAAGUGAACAUACGCACAUUGUCCGUACUUUCCUGUCCGAGUUAUGCCCCUAUUUUUGGACUAUACCAUAUAACAACUACAUCUGUACCUUAUGUACUCAACUGCUCCAGCAGUAUCCAUCCAGUUCAAGCAGAACUUAGUAUUUGACAUCGGCAUGAAAUGUCGUUUGAAAUUUUUUGUCAGAUUUUUAAGUGCAGUUGGCCCCACUUUGACGUUAUAUUUAAUUCUGUGAAGCAUUUUCAGGAUGCAUUCAUUAUAAAAUGUUGAUAUCAUUCUUGUUAAUUCUUAUUUGACUAGGAAAGUUAAAAAAGCGGAGUACGUUAUUAGUUAACAGUUUAAUUAUGUCAGUAACAAGUUGUUAUAUGACCUGUUUUAAAUAGCCAGUAAAAAAAUUGUUUGCUUUGUUAAUUAGUAGAUAACUGUAUGUUUUAGCAUGAAAUCCUUUAUCCAAGUUGAGUUCUGAAACCUUGUUUUAAAUAAUGGAUAUUUGUUUAUCUAAAGGAAUAGGGUUGUUGUUUGCUGAGAAAGUAUUUGGUUAGUUCUGCAUGUUUGAUAAAUCCGAAGUUACGAGGUAACAGUAUUCAGAUAAAACAGAAUAAAGCCCAGCAUAUGGAAGUGAAGAUCAUCCUAGGAAUAAAUGUCAACAUGUGCAUAAAUUUGUGAAAUUUGCAGUAUUACUAUCAGUUUAAAAAUGGAAUAUGAUGGCAAAAAUGUUGAAACAUGAAAUAAUUUCAAACAAUGUCCCAAUAUUCAGUAGAAACUUGCAGAUAUCUUGAAUCAUGAGGAGAUAUCUCAAAAAUAGGACAUAGGCUUACAUUAUUUUUAUCGUUUAAUUUACACUUCUUUAGUUUACAGCUGUGAAAGUUUCGUUAAAAUCUACAUUGUAGAAUUUUUUCUGUGUGCGUAAGUGUCAUUUAAAUUUGGAUUAACCAGUAGACUUCGAUUAUUAAAACUUGUUUGAUGUCUUAAUUUUACUUCUCAGUCUAACAAGGAUUUAGGCACAGGACACUGUCUUUUUUGUUGGCCAUCUUUUCUAAGUGUAAUCUGAAGUUCUGAAAAGUCAGGAUUUGAUCUAAGUCUUCCUUGUAGAUAACAAUUUUGAUCCGAACAUGCAGAACUACCCGGAGUAACUGUUUUGUUUUUGGUUGCUGUUGUACAUCACGAUUUUAAAAUUUUAGAAAAGAAAAUGAAGGCAAAGCAUUGCAUGGUAAGAGUUGAGGUGUCCUGCAUUUUGUUUUAACCCAACUUCCUAUUGUGUGUAAGAAAGGAUAUGAACUACCAGUUUAAACAUAGAAUAUGGUACAUCGUUUGCGGGAGAGUGGACACUGUGUUCUAAUGCUAACAUUGUUCAACUACAAAACCAGGAAUCUCAUUCCUCUACAUUGAGAUAAAAGUUCUAUGUAUAACAGUAGUUGCUUUACACCUAGCAUGCUUAAGAAACCGAAGCUCCUGGAAGAAACGGGGAAGCUCCUGGAAUUGGAGUUUGUUUUGUACCUUGCUCCAAGUACCGUAGUUGUUAUAAAGCCAAUGUUAAAAUAAAAUCCAAUGGUUUACAAAAAACAGAAUUAAUUAUGUUGGUUCCUUGUACCUUCUUGGAAGAAAAUUAUUUUUUGUUGCAAAGCAAAAAAAAACAAUCAGUCCAAGUUUUUAUCGCUGGACAAAAUGUUAUUAAUAAAUCAGUAAAGUUAGAGUGUUUAAUUUUUAUAAGUGGCUAGAUGUUUUUAUAGAUGUAUAUCACUUUCCUGGUGUUGAAAUAUAUGUGACUGUCGUUAUUGUAAAAGUUUGUAGAUGUAUAGAUGUUUUAUAUUAGAUGUUUUAUGUCCUAACUCAACUUUUUAUGCGUAACAAUCUCUAGUUAUUACCUGUUAUUAUCCAUAUAACCAUUUUACUAACUGCUGUUAUUUUUAUCCUUUAUUAUCAAUCAUUUGUGUUCAUCCAGACUCGAUGAAAAUAAACGAAUCGAUAUUUUUCAACCCUGUCCACAAAUGGACAACUUGGAUAAAGUUUCAUGUUUAUAUUGUGAUUUAAGAGAGAAGAGUUGUAAAAAGAAACAGGAAUGCUACAAAAACAUUCCUUCAAACAAAAAAAUCUUGUUUGUAAGUACAAUCAGUAUAUUGUAAAGAUUAUACGAUUCCACUCAAUGUAACGUUAGAGAUGUUUAUAACUGUUUAUACUUCUGUUCAAAUCUCCUGUGAGUGUUUUCAUUUGUACUGUCUGUGAGCCAAAAAUCUAGUAUAAAAGCAUGCAAUAUCACACAAAGCAAUAACUAAACACCAUUCUUCAACUUUUAACAGAUAUAUUCAGUCCAUUGUAGGACAUCAAAGAUAGUAUUACAGGAAGGUGUUGCUUUGAAUAUGUCACUGUGUAGAUGUUAACCCAUUAAUUUGUAGAUGUGUAUUUGUAACAUAUUUUGUGAUGUAAAACGAUGUACCUUGGGAAGGGCACUAAAAAUAGACCCCGCUACAUUUACCGAUGUUUUCUGCAAAAUGGCAGCUGGAAGAAAAGCAUAUUAAUUUGAAGAUUUGGCAAUUAAUGGUAAGAACAUCUGAAUAAAAGUUUGUUUUGCUACAUCUAUAUAAUAAUCAUUUGAGUAAAACUGUGACUUACGAUUGAUAUGGCAGAUGCAUUUCUCAGUUAUUUGGAUAUACUGGUAUGUUAGCAUAUAUUAUUGUAGUUUACUCUUGUUCUGUCAUGAUAGGUUAUGCAACAGAUGUGUCCAUUGUCAUUUUUUUCAUGUAUGUUUGAUAUUCUUAUACUUCAAUUUCAUUUAGUAUUCCAAGCUUUGGUGCUGUUCUAGCAGCUAGGUAGACUGUAAACCUAGCACUUUGGAGUUUGUUUGAAGCAUUAUACUUAGAAUGAUACGGAGUUACCAUAUUGUUAUAUACUGCGAUUCAACUUUUAUGAUAGUUCCCAUCCCUAAAGUUUGUUAAUGUCUGCCAUUGGAUAUUGCCUGAUAAAAAGAGUUAUAAAUUCCUGCCAGGGUUUCUCUCAGAUAGUACAUACUAUUUUAAAUCAGAAUAUGCUUGAUUUAUAUUCUCAAAAAAUAUGCUUGAUUAGUAUUUUCAUAGUGCAUACUUGAUUGAAAAGUUAUUCAGACACUACUUCAUAAAUAUGCUAUUGGGAUAUACUUGAUGCAUAUUCUCACAAAAUAUGCUUGAUUAGUAUUUUCAUAGAGUACUUGAUUGAAUAGUUACUCAAGACACUAGUUCAUAAAUAUGCUAUUGGGAUAAACUUGAUGCAUGUUUGAGUUGAUAAAUUUGACUGUGAUUAACAUCCCAUUUGUCAAUAAGUAUAACUGAUCUGUUACUGCCUAUUUAGGGACUGUACUGUUAAAAAUUAGUCAGCAUCAAUUUUAGGUUUAUAUUGCUAUCAGUUUUAUACCUAUGUAUAGGAACAAUCUAUGUAAUCAAAUUUACACAUUUUUUAGACAUUUUGUGUGUUUCAGUAGUCGUAAAAGUGGUGUGAAAAUAAUUGAACAUGCUUUCCAUUUAUAGUCUUGAGUCAUUUAAGGAGAAGUUGUUGCCUCAGUCAUUUAUAGUGUAGAGAUUAGUCUGUGUAAGUCUAAAAGUGUACUGUCCUUGAUAUGAUGUAUACUGUCCUUGAUUACUGUCCUUGAUUUACUGUCCUUGAUAAGCUGUAUAUUGUCCUUGAUAUGCGGAAACCCUAGUACGUGUUCAAACUUUCUCUACUUGAGUUAAUGAACCCAAAAUAUUGAUCAGCAUACAGUUGAUGUUGGUUUCUGUUUUCUCUGUAUAUGAUUACAACUUGGACUAUUUGGUAUUGAAAUCUGUGUGGUUGUAUGAGCUAGGUGGAUGGCCAAAAAAAGAUAAGAUAGCAGACAAAAAUAUAUGUUAUCUCAAGGAAAUUGCCUGUUGUCAUUGAAGUGCACAGUUUGAAAAGAUAUUAAUCCUUUGGUUUUACAUAAGGUCUCGGUAUUACAGGGUACAGUAAGUCUUUGAGUUUCAAUGAGAUGUCAAGCCUGUUAAAUAUGUCAGCAUGGGAUGUGACUUGACUCCCAGGCUGAGUAAAGUUUUCUUGUAAAUCCCAGAUGGAAACAAGCGAUGUCUGCACUCAUUCAUCAUCAUCCAGCAUUUCUUAGGGUUAUCAAAUGCUUCUUUGCUAGUUAUAUUGCCAGAAGUCAUAUAUUUGCAUAUGCUAAAUUCUAAUAAAAAAAUGAUGCUUCGAAUCAUAUGAUCUGUAACACCUUACCAACCAUGAUAAAUCACUAGACUAGAAUUCUGUUGAGAGUGGCAUUACACACCACAUAUAACACAUAAUGUAUGCAUGAGGAAAUUUAGAAACACACUGGGUCGCGCAUUUUCAAGGACAGUUUUUGCACAUUGUAUAUGCAGUAUUAUGUCUGUGUUCAUCAUCCAUAGAAGACUUUUCUAUAUGAGAUUGUCAUUUUUUUCUUCUAAUUAAUGUUUGGGAUGAACAGCAUUUCAUUUGAGAUGAAUUUUUUUCAUAACAUCCGGCAAAUACACCGCUUGAUUUGUAGAAGGACCAAACAAAAAUUCAUUUCUUUGCAAACAUUUGUAUAUUAAAUGCAUUUAUUUAAUUCAGUUGCUACAUUGUUUCAUUAAGAAAGAAAUUGAAAUUACUGUUAACAAAUUACAAAAAAAAUUCUUCUGCAGUAAAUAGUUAUUGUCAUACCAAAAGUUAUUUUUUGACAAAAAAAAAAAUGAAAUUUUUAUAGAUGAAAUGUUCUUCAGGUGGCUAGACUGGUUUUGGAUUAAACACCGAUUUGGAAAAGUGGGUUUGGAUUAAACACUCUGAUUUGGAAAAGUGGGUUUGGAUUAAACCACAGGAGUCUGAAAUUCUAUCAAUAACACCAUAGAAGUCUAUCUUUACAAAAAAUACCCCCUA